AUUUCCCAUGUUCUCCAUGUUAUGGGUACACUAUUUUCAAAGUUAACCACGUUAUUGUUAACCAACAAAGCGACAAGCAGUCUCAUAAACAUUUUCCACCACUCAACAACAACACAAAGAGACAUGGAAUUCGAAGAGUUACAACACAAAACGGUAAUCGUCAAUGGCAUAAACAUACACAUAGCUGAAAAAGGCACUUCCCAAAGUCCACUAAUCCUCUUCAUCCAUGGCUUCCCCGACUUAUGGUACUCCUGGCGUCACCAGAUCACAGCUCUAGCUUCCCUCGGUUACCGCUGUAUAGCACCUGACCUCCGCGGAUUCGGCGACACCGAUGUACCGGCAUCGCCGACAUCCUACACGAGUCUCCAUGUCGUCGGUGACCUCAUCGGAGUUCUUGACGCCGUUGCCGGUGAUGAAGACAAGGUGUUUGUAGUUGGUCAUGAUUGGGGUGCUAUGAUUGCUUGGUCUCUUUGUCUUUAUCGUCCUGAAAGAAUUAAGGCUGUUGUUAAUUUGAGUGUUUCUUUUACUCCAAGAAAUCCUAAAAGAAAACCGCUUGAGACUCUUAGAGCUGUGUAUGGUAAUGAUUACUAUAUUUCCAGAUUUCAGGAACCUGGUGAUAUAGAAGCUGAGUUUGCUGAGAUAGGCACUGCAAGAGUCCUGAAGGAAUUUCUCACAUAUAGAAACCCUGGUCCACUUUAUCUACCUAAGGGUAAAGGUUUUGGACAUCCAAUUGAUUCUCCUAUUGUGUUGCCCUCAUGGCUCUCUGAAGAAGAAUGUAAUUACUAUGCCUCCAAAUAUGACAAGACUGGCUUCACAGGGGGAUUGAAUUACUACAGAAAUCUGGAUCUAAACUGGGAGCUCACUGCUCCAUGGAGUGGUGCUAAAAUAAAAGUUCCAGUGAAGUUUAUUGUGGGUGAUCAAGACCUUACCUAUAAUGCACCUGGAGCUAAAGAUUACAUUCUCAAAGGUGGGAUGAAGAGAGAUGUGCCACUUCUUGAGGAUGUCGUUGUAAUUGAAGGGGCAGGGCAUUUCAUCCAUCAAGAAAGGCCUGAUGAGAUCAACAAACACAUCUACGAUUUCUUCAAAAAAUUCUAAUUUGCUUUUUGGUGCAUUUGGAAUGUGUCUCUUUGUUCCUGCUCUGACUUCAUCUUUGUUCUUGCUGAGUGUUUAUUCUCAUAAUGGGAUGCAUGUGAAUGUUCAUGAACUCUUCAUGCUCGUGUUUGAUUAAGAGUGAUAUCAAUAAUGUCAAUGUACAUGUUUAUGAACUCUUCGUGCUCGUGUUUUUUAAGAUUUAAGAGUGAAAUGAAUAAUGUCAUUUUUAAGAGA